UGAUUGUGCAUGUCCAAUGAACGCAUCGUCGCCUGCCCCUAACGAGGAAUCCACGAAUCCAAAUGGCCUCCAUGAAAAACUUGCAAAGCUACAGGCUGUAUCCGUUCCAACACCUGACCUUCUCGGUGACGACCCGGUAGAGAUCGACCAAGAUGCAGUGCGUCGUGUCGUUCGCAAGAUCGAUUUGUUUCUGAUGCCCGCCAUGGUUUGCGGGUACGGACUCGUGUACUACGACAAGGCUAUACUGGGCAGCGCAGUCCUGUUUGGCAUGACCAAGGACUUGCAACUGUCCGUCGUGAACACGAGCACCACGCCUCCGACUACUAGCACCUUGCGGUUGAGUUGGGCUACAUCGAUCUUCUAUUUUGGUCAGCUUAUAGGCUCUUACCCGAUGACGUAUCUACUCCAACGUUUCAAAGCGAAUCACAUCUUAGGACCAGCCGUACUAAUAUGGGCAAUCAUAUGUGCUGCUACGGCUGGAGUUCAAGACUGGAAAGGUCUGCUCGUUCAGCGCUUCUUUCUGGGUUUCACGGAGUCCAUCAUCCCGACUGCUUUCAUGGUCACCGUCAGUGGAUACUACACUCAGUCUGAACAAGCUUUGCGACAGACGUGGUGGUUUUCUGGAACUGGCUGGUUCACCGUUAUCGGAAGCGCAAUGAACUACGGGUUCGCGCAAAUUUCGGGUGGAAGUCUGAAGUCAUGGCAGUACAUAUAUGUGCUGGCAGGAGGUCUGACUUUUUUGUUUGGUCUUUGGUGUUUCGCAUUACCGAACUCGCCUUUGAAUGCCUGGUUUCUUACGCCCGAAGAACGCAUUGUGGCGGUAGAACGACUGCGCGCAGGACAAACCGGAGUGAGGAACCAAAACAUCAAAUGGCCCCAAAUUCGGGAGGCUGCACUUGAUGUAAAAGUGUGGCUUGUAGCCUUAAUAAUGGCUUCAGCAUAUACCGUGAAUGGUGCCGUUUCUGGUUUUGGGCCGCUCAUUGUAUCCACUUUUGGGUACACCAGUUUGCAAAGCAUCCUUUUCCAAUUUCCCCUUGGGGCAGUAUGCGCUGUUGGUAUACCACUUACCGGCUGGAUCUGCUCUAGAUACCGCAACAUGCGCAUUAAGCUAUUGGUUGCGUGUUGUCUACCAGUGAUCGCUGGGUUCGUCAUGAUCUGGAAGUCACAAUGGGGUAAUCGUCCCAUCACUCCCGUGGCUGGUUACUCCCUUAUUGGAUUUUUUGGUCCAGUUGUUGCCUUGACCGUGACUCUUGGAGCAGCGAAUGUGGCCGGAGAAACGAAAAAGAGCUUCAUGGCGUCCGCAGUUUUCGUCGCUUAUUGUGUUGGGAAUAUUGUUGGGCCUCUACUAGUAAAGAGCGAAUCCAAAGCAGAUCAUUAUCCCGAGCUCUGGACAGGGCUCAUCGUAUGCUAUUGCGUAACGAUAAUUUCAGCCUUGGUAUUGUACGUGCUGCUCCAUCGGGAGAAUCAGCGCAGAAAGCAGCUGGAGUUGGAUCAGAACGAGAAAGCGACCCUUGCUUUCAAGGACUUAACAGACAAGGAGAAUCCAUUUUUCCGCUAUGCGUUGUAA